UGGAUAUAUUGUUUACAGUCGACGAUUGUAUUACAGUAUUAGGUUAUGUGUUUGCAAUUUUAGACUACUUUAAACGAUGUCUUCACGGUCUGACUCCGAUAGCGAGUCUAACAGAAGUGCGAGCCCCAUCAACACCGGCCCCGCGCCCACGCCGGGCCAUGGCCUUGACCGCUCCGCGUCCAAUUCGCCCCAGUACACGCAGGGGUCCCCCGAACGGGCUGGAAGUCGGACGUCCGGCAGCCCCGCGUCCAGCGCAAGGUCGCGCUCGCCCUCCGCCGAAUCAAACAAGUCCACCGCGUCCCAGAGAACAGCCGCCUCAAACACUUCCCGAAAAUCGAGGUCUAGGAGUGUAGCCUCGAACAGGUCUCGCGGCUCACAGAGCGCCGAGUCAAACAGAUCGGGCUCGAAUCGCUCAGAGUCGCCCCCUGGCUCACGUAGGUCUAGGUCGAGUAGUGCAGGGUCGAAAAAGUCGAGGUCGAGGUCUGGGAGUGCAGCGAGUAAUAAGUCGGGGAGUGCGGCGAGUAGCAAGUCGAGGUCUAGGUCGGGGAGUGCGGCCUCGAAUAGGUCCAGGUCGAAGAGUGCGGGCUCGAAUAGGUCCAGGUCGAAGAGUGCGGGGUCGAAUAGGUCCAGGUCGAAGAGUGCGGGGUCUAAUAGGUCCAGGUCGAAAAGUGCAGAAUCGAAUAGGUCGCGGAGGUCCAGGUCUAGGUCUAGAUCACAGUCGCAGGAGAAGAGACCGGAGUCGGGAGGUCGUAGCAGGUCUAAUAGCCCUAAUUUGCAAAUUGACGAGCCUGGGUCACCUGAGAGUGGCAAAGGGGAUAAGAGGAAAAGGGACAGUUCUGAAGAGAGGACUAGCAAAAAGAAGCAUCGGAUUAUUGACUCUGAUAGUGAGGGAGAAGAAGGAAAGGAAAAUGACAAAGAGGUCAGUGCUGCUGCCAUUUUUGGAGACGACGCGGAUGACAUAAGCAGCGAGGAAGAAAAAGAAAAGGCCGAGUCAGAGAAAGAGGCACAAGCCAGUGAAGAAGAGCAGCACCAUUCAGAGGAAGAACAUGAGCAGAGACAACCAGACGAAGACGAAGAUAAGGAAAACGAACCGGAACAAAUCCCAGAGACGCGAAUCGACGUCGAAAUACCCAAAAUCAGUUGCGACUUGGGUCGCGACAUCCACUUCGUCAAACUCCCCAAUUUCCUUUCAGUCGAAACGCGACCUUUUGAUCCCGAAACUUACGAAGAUGAAAUUGACGAAGAGGAAACUCUGGAUGAAGAAGGACGCGCUCGCUUGAAGUUGAAGGUCGAGAACACGAUACGGUGGCGAGAAGCCGUCGAUAAAGAGGGCAAUGUCAAGAAAGAGUCAAAUGCAAGACUUGUUCGGUGGUCGGAUGGUUCCUACAGUUUACACUUAGGUUCUGAAAUUUUUGACGUCUACAAACAACCACUCCAGGGUGACCACAAUCACUUGUUUAUCAGACAAGGCACCGGUCUCCAAGGCCAGGCUGUGUUUAGGACCAAAUUGAGCUUCAGGCCACAUUCUACCGAAAGUUUCACACACAGGAAAAUGACCUUGUCGCUUGCAGACAGGUCGCAGAAGACUUCCGGGAUUAAAAUCUUGUCGCAAGUCGGAGCUGAUCCCGACCAUGACAGGAAACUUCUCUUGAAGAAAGAGGAAGAAAAGUUGCGGCAAACUGUACGCGUGAGCAAACCUCGGCGCAAGGGUGACAGUGGGACGCGGUCUCACAACAGCAGUGUGUACAGAGAAGAGGAUGGGAGCGAUGAAGAGGGGGCUAUUUCACUCAAUGCCAUUAAAAAUAAGUACAAGUCGGGGGCUGCCACAGUGGCUAAAGGUGGGGCCAUCUAUUCGUCAGAUGAGGAAGGGUCAGACAUUGAGGCUAGGAGAGCGAGGAAAAUUGACAAGGCGAAGGCGUUAAAGGACUCAGAAUCAAGCGAAGAAAGCGAGUGAAUAUCAAAAACUGUAUUUGUGUUACAUAAAGAUUGAUUACAGUGUAAGUAAUACUGAACCUAACAGUUGCGCAUAUUUAGAUUCACGAGAUCAAAUAAAAAUCACAAAAUCAAAAAAUUA